GUCAAAUGUGUCGGUCUUUUUCGUUGUGUAGAUAAAUAUCAUAUUUAUUGUAGUCGUACAAAUAUAGCUUAGAAUAAACUAAGAAUAACUACGAAGUAGUUAUAGAACUCUUUCUAACGAGUGACAAAGUCUUUAUCAAAAUUCCUCCAGCUGCGAUAAACGAAGGAACUUCUCUCCGUACUGCUAAUUGGUGGUCGGAGAUGUUGGCUGCGUGUGAGACGGGUGAAGUGUUCGCGUUGCUAGAAGCACGCGACACCGUCGACAACUUCACCGUCCUGUACAACAGUGUUCGAGAGCCUUGGCUCACGCGCGCUCUGCUGCUGUACCAUGCGCGCACCGGCUCCACCCGCGCCCUCGAACUACUGGCGCGCGCUCCUGACUCGCACGUGCAACACCUGCUCGACGCACUGCUGGAGCAGUUGCGCGGGGAGCGACCGGCGCGCCUGCACGCCCUCGCCGCACUCGCGCCGCUGGUGGCGCGGCGCCCUCUGUGGCUGCACCGCCUGCCGCACUCGCUCGCCCGCGAUCUGCUGCGUGCGGUACGACACGAGCGGGACCCGCUGCCCUUGCUGCACGUUCUGCUCACGCUCGCCGCGCUGCUGCCCGCGGUGCCCACCCUCGCCGCGCCGCACUGGCCCGACCUGGCCGACGCGCUGCUGCGACCCGCCGCGCUCGACCCACCGCCGCCGCCGCCGACCCGAGAUCACCUCCAACUGGCGCAGCUCGCCCUCUUUCACGCCCUGUACGCUACGCACCCCUGUACUCUUCUGGAAACUCUUCGAAGCGAAUGCGCCGCGGGAAAUAAACGGGAAGUCUGGGAACGGGGCGUUGCGCCCCUGCUGCGGUCGGUGCGUCUUCACCCCGCGCUCGUGACGGGUUCCCGGCAGCGCGAAGCCGAUGCAGCGCGGUGGGCGCAUCUCGAGAUACACGACGUGCUCGCCGAGAGCCGACGCCUUUCGAUGCGCGUCCGAGACCGUACCGACGAGCGAGCGCAUUCGACGAUCACCGUCCCCGGCCCCGUCGCUCCGCCCUCUCCCGCGCCAGGCUGCGGCGCACACGCGACCCGCGCCGCCUCCGCCCUGAGACCUGGCGCGGAGCCCUGGUUCGCCCUCGGGGACCGCUGCGGCGCAGACUCCGCCCCUAACACGCCUCUACCCGCCGACGUCGACGUCGCCGAACCGCCGGAGGCCGCCGUCGAAGCGACCCCUGAGAACACGCCCGCCAAGGAGACGCGGGCCCAAUUUCGAUUUCCGACCGAGUCGGCAGCAGUACGCGCCAUCGGACGACGAUCUCAGCCGCCCUCGCCGCUGCGCAAGGAGACAUCGCCGCCCGCGGGCGGCGGGCCCGGAGAGGGCUACGCGGGACGGCUGGCCCGCGUCGCACUAGAGAGGCGCGCGGCCGAGUCGCCGGUGCCAUUCGGGGGAGGCCCGCCGCCGGCCGGGGCCGUGGCGCGCCCCGAGCCGAGCCGGGCGGCGCCGGCGACGGACAGUGAGCCGCUCAACGUCGAGGACCGCGAAGUGCUGGAGCUGACUGAACGCGCGCGCGCCGAGCGCUCGUGGUCGGGCGCGGAGCCGAGGACGCCGGUGGCGCGCGAUCCGCGCGCGGCGGGGCGCGGCGGGCGGCUCGGAACCGGCGGCCCCGGCGGCCCCGGCGGCCCCGGCGGCCCCGGCGGCCCCGGCGGCCCCGGGGGGCCCGCGGCGCCCGCGCGGCGCUCGGCCUCGUGCUCGGCGCGCGGGCGGGCGGCGCGCACGGCCGACGCGGCCGCGCAGACGCUCGACGUGUGGCCCGCGCCGUAUGAAUUCCUGAUAGCCGAUUUCUAUCGGAACCUUCCAGCAGAGGAACGCAAACAGAAUAUCGAGAAGAUCGAAGAGCCGACCCUCCCCUGUGAACGUCUCGACAGCUACCUGUCCCAGCUGUACUCGGGACACGUGAUCGCGGACGCUUCCGAGCUCGCCGAGCAGCUCGCGCUCGUGCACGCACAGCUCAUGUACGAGCGCUGGAGGCGGGAGGCUCACGCCGAGCGCAACCGGCGACUGCUCGGCCGCUGUCGGGAGACGCGCGCGCUGGAGCUGCAAAACGCCGCCCUGCGCGACAGACUGCGGGCCGCCCAGCACGAGCGGGACGAGCUGCUCGCGCGUCGCGCGCGGGACCCGCCGCCCGCCGCGCCCUCCUCCGCCGCCACCGAGCGGGAGCUGCGACUGGAGGCCGCGCUCGCGGAGGAGAGCGCCGCCAGGCUGCGCGCGGAGGCCGCGCUGCGCGAGCUCGAGGCGCAGCGAGCCAUCGACGCGGCCGAGCUGCGCCGCACGCGCGGGGAGUCCUUCGAGGCGGCGCGCCACGUGGAGGCGCUCGCGCGGGCGGCGCUGGCGGCCGAGCGGCGCUCCGAGCACGUCCGGCGACUGCGGCGCGAGCUGCUCGUGCUGGCCGAACGCGAGGCGCGGCUGAGCGGCGCCGUGCGCGCGGCGAGCGGCGCGGCGGCCGGCGCGGAGGCCGAGCGCGCCGCGGCCGAGGAGCGCGCGCUGCGGGCGGCGCUGGCGCGCGCGGAGGCGGAGGCCGAGGCGGCGGCGGCGCGCGCGGACGCGGCCACUGCGCGCGCGCACGAGCUGGAGGCGGCGCUGAGCGCGCGCGACGCGGCCGUGGGCGAGCUGCGGCGCGCGGCGCGCCACGCGGGCGAGGAGCACGCGGCGCGCCUGCGCGCGCUGCAGGACAAGUGCGCGGCGCUGGCGCGGACGGUGCGCGCGGGGGAGGGCCGGCGCCUGGAGUGGCUGGCGGGCGCGGCGGGCGCGCGCGGCGCGGCGGCGGCGGGCGGGGGGCGCGGGGGGCGGCCGGCGCUGGCCGACUGCAGUCGCGUGCGGCGCCUGCUGGAGCGCGACGACGCGGACGUGGCCGAGUCCAGCUAAUGCCGUCGCGUCGCUCGAAUGCUUCGCUCGCGUGCGUUCUGUAAAAAAUGUAGGUCUCGUAAGAAAAGCCUAACUCGACUCCGGCGCGUGGCGGGGGCGGGGCGGGGCGGGGCGGGGCGGUCGGGUCGCGAGGUGUCAUAAGUGUAUAGUUUUAAGAAUGAUCGCUGCGUUACUGUAGUUAGUCUGUCGAUGUACAACUAUGUUAUAUAAUACUAUGCACAAGUACUCUCGUCGCUUUCUACAAUUCUUAGAGACGACUCGAGCUCGUAUUGAUGCUCAUAUACAUUUCUGUGUAUCGUUGUGCGACGUUCGGCUACUUUCCUGAUUAAUAGAAAUCACUACGGUUCACUAACGUCGCUAAUGUUUUCUUAAAUUAUGUUAUUACGAAAAAAAUAGAAGCGUAACAGAUUUAUGGUUAAAUUUUAAACGUUAGCGUAAUGUGAAUAAUUUAAACGAUGACUCGGCUACUCAUAAUGUAACAUUUCUGUUAUUGUGUAUUCGCUCGAACUAUAUAAAUAAAGAUAUAAUUUGGAUUGUAAUAAUUUAAUGAAAUGACUACAAUAUGAAUACAUUUUUAUAAAAGAUUGUUCUCAUAGUCGAUGUUAUGUUAUGAUUAUCUCUUUGUAAACCGUAACGACUAGCUCGUUAGUGCAACUUACCGAAGUCGCCGAGCCGCCCGCCCGCGUCGUCUCGUCUCGUGCGACCGAGAGUGUCGGAGGAAACUACUCGUAUAACUGAUUGUAAUGUUACAAAGUCGUCUUUUGCAAGUUUUGUGAUUAAUUUUCGUCCCAAUUGGUUUCAGUACUUCAUUUGAUUAGUGAAAGCGUUGUACGAUAUCAUUAUCAACGGCGCCAGUAUUCGUUCGGAGAUGACGUAACGCACAUCGAGCCGUCUGUUCACACACGUGUAUAUAAUAUGUCGGGAGGCUCACGGCCACGUUUCGUUCGUUCAACGUUGACUAGCGUUAAAGUAAACUUAGUCGAGUGUCACAUAACGUAGUGCGAUUGUAAUAACGAUUCGUUUGGCGUCCGCUGUAAAUAUUGCCUGGGCCGCCCGCCGCGACCGCGUCGUACGGGCAGCGAGCGAGACAAGCGAGCUACUCGUACGCGUUUGUUCAGGACCUGUUUUAUAUUGAAUAAGGAUAGAUAUAUAUUUAUUAGAUUAAUAAUUAUUGUAAUUUUGUUCUGUUAUAUUACUGCAAGCUUCCGAGUCAAUGUUACGCGUUUAACAAUUGUGUUGUCAGUCGUCACGUUUCUGUCGUGUCGAUGUCGUGUCGUAGGCUAGUCUUUAUCGCUUUCUAAGAAACCUUAUUUAAAAGUGUACAGUGUUUAAAGGAAAGAAUACUACUAUGAUAUACUGUGAUCUGUAAAGGCGAAAUAAAGUGAAUUAA